AUGCAACAUGGCGCCAAGAUGGUCCCCUUCGGCGGCUACUCCAUGCCUGUUCAGUACUCGGAUCUAUCAGUAGGAGAAUCCCACGCUUGGACACGCGAGAAGGCCUCACUCUUCGAUGUCGGUCACAUGGUGCAGUACCACGUCGAUGGUCCUGGAGCCGAAGCUUUCCUCGAAUCCAUCACUCCGGCUGGCCUCAAGGAGAUGAAACCCGGCCAGUCAUCACUUUCGACUCUCCUCCAUCCCCAGACUGGUGGCAUCGUCGACGACUGCAUCAUCACUCGUCUUGAGGAGGGGCCUAAGCAUCUCUUCUACCUCGUCACCAACGCUGGCUGCCGCGACAAGGACUACGCCUUCCUAUCCUCUGCUAUCGAGAACUGGGACAACACCGUGAAUCCCGUCGUGCACCUCCGCAAUUUACAGUCAGAAGGUCAGCCGUACGGUCUCGUCGCCUUGCAAGGUCCUCUCGCUGCCGAAAUUCUCCAGUCGUCCCUUUCUAGCGCCUGCAAGGUAGAAUUCUCGAAGUGGUACUUCGGCAACCAGAAGUACAUCACUCUAAGUCUUCCGUCCGGCGAAUCACUGCCGAUUGUCGCCUCCCGCGGCGGAUACACGGGAGAGGACGGCUUCGAACUGAGCAUUCAUCCUUCGCAGACGGUCGAAGUCACUCAGCAUCUACUCCAGACUGCUACUCCGGACAAGCUCCGCUUUGCUGGUCUUGGUGCUCGCGACAGUCUGCGUCUGGAAGCUGGCAUGUGUCUGUACGGUCAUGACUUGAACGACGACAUCACACCUGUCGAGGGAGCACUUGCCUGGAUUAUCCCGAAGGAUCGUCGCUCGGGCGAGCGUGCGUCGUUCAACGGUGCGGAGACUAUUCUUCCACAACUCACUCCAGUGUCGAAGGGUGGUAAGGGCGUGUCACGACGAAGGGUGGGAUUGGUGAUCGAAGGAGCUCCUGCUCGAGAGGGUGCAGAGAUUGUGGAUGCGGAUGGAAAUGUAAUCGGUAACAUCACUUCGGGAUGCCCAAGUCCGACCUUGAAGAAGAACAUUGCAAUGGGCUACAUCAAGGAUGGUAUGCACAAGUCAGGCACGGAGGUGAACGUCAAGGUCAGAGGCAAGCCGAGAAAAGCGGUGGUCACGAAGAUGCCGUUCGUGCCCAGCAAGUAUCACAAGGAGUAA